AUGCAAUUGAAAUCAAUCCACUUUGCUGUGUUUCUUUAUCCGAUCCUGCUCCGAAAGUUGCCAGACCGACUUGCGCAUCGUUUCAUAGAGAAAAUCGAACCGCAGAAAACAGCCGAUGAGGUUGAAGAUGUCCUCAGAGAGACAGACCUUGAAACUGUCAAGCUCGCAGAGCUUUUCCAGACGCGAUUAGAUACGUUGCGAAAUUUUCUUAAGAAAGAAACCGAAACAGGAGAUCAAUACGGUGCAAUAUUCGGAAAGGUGGCGUGGAGGAGUAGGUCGGAGUCAGGCUUUCGAUCAAGAGACGAGUCAGCCCCAGAGUCGAAAGUAAGCAAACCAAAGGAAACCCCUGCCAAUCCGCCCUCCUCAAAGUCCAAGUUUGCAUGUCCAUAUUGCAAGGAGCCUCAUGUCCCCGCGAAGUGCAAAGCUGAGUUAUCAAUCGAACUGAAGAAACAAAAGCUCGCGAGAGCCGGCUUCUGCUCGAAGUGUCUCAGAAGCGGGCAUUUAGAAGAUAAAUGUUCCUCACAAAUACAGUGCAUUAAAUGCAAGGGAGACCAUCAUGGUUCGUUGUGUGCCAACGUGAGGUCAGCAGUUGUCGCUCAGAGCAACCAGGCUGAAACGUUGGCAGCAGUCGGCCACCUAAUGCUCCUUGGUCCGGACGGUUCUCAGCGAGUGCGAUUCUUGUUGGACAGCGGUGCGAAUACAACUUUCAUUACAGAAGAGUACGCAGAGCUCCUCAACCUAGAGGUAGUCGGUUCAGACAAAUUUCUGUUGCACAGAUUCGGAGAGCAAGUCUCACAGUCGAGCGAAUGCAGAAUCGUUCGGUUCGGAGUUCUGACGAGCGACAAUCGAGCGCUGCAGUUCACUGCGCUGGUUGUACCGGAAAUAUCAAAUUUAGAACCGAAGCCGCUGUCCGGGGAGAUUCGCGCUCGCCUCCAAAAUCCAUCCGAUCAUCCAAAGGGUCCGAGGAAGCUCGGAAUUCUAUUCAGCUUCAGCGAUAUGGUUCAAAUUAUCAAAGGUGGCUUCAAAAAGCUCACGGAGAGCGUGUCCUAUCUCGACACAAUCUUCGGACAAGUUCCAGUGAGCGAAAACAAGCCUGCCUCCGAUUCAGGGGCAGCUUUCCCCGUAAACAUUGAAAAGUUUUGGGAACUCGAGCACAUCGGAAUCCUACCGGAGGAGCACACUGUUGAUGGAAAAAUCUCGGAGACUUUCAUUCAAGACUUUCUAAAAACCGUUGAAUUUAAGGACGGAAUGUACAGCACGAUUCUCAACCUGGACUCAAGAAAACUUGAGUAUCUCACAGAUAACUUCCCAGCAGCGAAGCAACAAGCUCACAAGCUGCUGAAAUCAUUGGAUCAAAAGCCGAGUCUCCGAGAAGAGUACAUCAAACAGAUGAAUGUGUUUUUCGAUUCUGGUUACGCCGAGCCGGUGCCCCUGGGGGAAAAACCUAGGUAUUUCAUGCCACACUUCCCGGUGGUCAAUGAAUCCAAGGUAUCCUACAAGGUCCGACCGGUAUUCAAUGCGUCGUCAAAGAUGAAAGGUCAACUCUCCCUCAACGAUGUCAUUCUCGAGGUUCCAAAUUUGCUUCCAACUUCUGUCGAAAUGUUGUCCAAGUUUAGAGUCCGUGAGAUCGCGUUCGUCGGUGAUAUCACGAAGGCGUACCUCACGAUCGGCGUAAAACCGGAGAUGAGAAAUUUCCAGUGUUUCCUGUGGUCCAGAAACGGAGACGCUUCGAAUCUCAAAGUGUACCGCAUGAAUCGAAACUGUUUUGGCGUCAAGGACGCUCAGUUCAACGUCAUCUCAGUUAUCCGAAUGCAUGCAAACAAUUUCCAAAACUCCCACCCGGGAGCAUCCAAGGCAUUGAUGGAGGACCUCUACAUGGACGACCUCGUAACGGGGGCUGACUCCAUUGAAGAAGCGAGGGAAAUCCAGUCCGAUAUCUCCUACAUUCUUGGUAAGGCUGCCAUGGUAAUGCGAAAAUGGCGUUUUUCGGAGGAAAGCUGCGAUGACAACUCACAGGUCAUUCUCGGGUCGCAGAUGCCAGAAAAAGUGCUCGGUGUUGUUUGGAACAACGAAACCGACGCUCUGACAUUCGAUCCCGCAAACUUGAUCGAGUUCGUCGCCGCCGCCAAACCAACGAAGCGAACACUGCUGGGUGCGGCCGCAAGGUUGUAUGAUCCGACAGGCUUCCUUUCACCUUUCGUGAUGCAGAUAAAAUUGUUGAUUCAGAAGGUUCAUCUCCAAAAACUGGGUCUCGAUAAAGCCUUUCAAGGCGAAAUUCUCGACGGUUGGAAAAAGUGGUGUGAUCAGCUUCCAUUCAUCAGUAGGUUCCAAAUUCCAAGGUGUUUCACGAAGGGAUUCAGAGCUGUGAAACUGGAGCUGCACACAUUCGCCGACGCGAGCGAUUCGGCGUACGCCGCCGUAGUCUAUCUCAAGUCGUGGAAUCCAAACUCGGAUGAGCGCGCUGUCGUGCUCGUAGCUUCGAAGGCUCGAAUGACGCCUCUCAAAUCUCUAAGCUCUCUAACGAUUCCAAAGAAGGAGCUUGUGGCGGCUAUGUGUGCGGCGCGGCUGGCAGCAUCCAUAAAAAAGUUCCUGAAUCUAAGUUGUGAGACGUUCUACUGGACGGACUCUAUGAAUGUCUACUAUUGGAUCAGAAGAGACUGUCCAUUGAAGUAUGAGGUGUUCGUUCGGAACAGGCUAAUUGAGAUUUCCAAGUUGACAAAACCGUUGGAAUGGCGGCAUGUCCCCGGAGUCGAGAAUCCGGCAGACUAUCCGUCACGCGGCAUGUCAAUGGAGAAACUACUCAAGGAACCGUCCUGGCUCAACGGACCCGCUUUUCUAAAAUCAGAAAUCUAUCCCGAAGUCCAUUCCACAGAGGUAGAAGUGUUUGUUGCAACGGCAACUCAGGUCGAGGUCAAGGAAAAGAAUUCGGUCAUUCCAAUCGAAAGAUACUCCACGCUAAGAAGAGCGAUCAGGGUAACGGCGACGAUUUUUCGAGCUAUAGCGAUCUUCCAGCUCCGCUGGUAUCAAAAAAAUGCCAGGACAAGGAAGUCCAAAGAAUUGGCUUCUCAGAAAGUCAAAUUGUUCGGCAAAGGUGUUCCGUCAGACUCCAUAACGCGCCGGCCGAUAACGGCACUCGAGCUCAAAUUGGCGAAGCAACCCCUUCACGGGAGGCGCAACAGCGUUGCUUCCGGGAGGUAG